ACACAAAAUAAGCAUACAACCACCCAUGGGUAGUUUGUAAAGGGUUGGUAAAAGUCUUCGUUAUAGUCACUGAAUUUCAGGCUUUGUGUGUCGCUGCAUAAUGAAGACUAGCGGUUGUACCUCCAGAGCCUCCAGCAGGGCGGUUCUGCAGUACAAGCCUCCCUCAGCAGUGCCACUUUUCUGAGUUCAAAGGGCUUUUACUUUCGUUUUCCUGCUUUGUCAUGACGCAUCUGAUCAUAACAGAGUUAAAACCCUUCUGCCUGAACUGUGUGGCCAUAGUGGACUACGAAAAUCUGAAGACACCACACAACUGACAGGGGUAAAGUGUAGGAUGGCAGAUUUUACACUCCGUGGAUACCAGGAGGAAGUGGUUGAAAAGGCUCUUCAGGGAGAGAAUGUAAUUAUUUGGCUGCCAACAGGAGGUGGCAAGACUCGUGCCGCUGUGUAUGUGGCCAAAAGACACUUGGAGACCACACCAGGAGCUAAAGUGGUGGUCCUAGUAAACAAGGUUCACCUUGUAGAGCAACAUUACACCAAGGAGUUCAAGCCUCACCUGGGCCAUAAAUACACCCUGGCACCAGUCAGUGGGGAAAGUGAGGAGAAAGAUUUCUUCGGGAAUGUUGUACGAGACAAGGAUGUGGUCAUCUGCACAGCACAGAUCUUGUAUAAUGCGCUGAUUAACACAGAGGAAACCAAACAUGUUGAGCUCUCAGAUAUUACUCUAUUGAUAAUUGAUGAGUGUCACCACACCAACAAGGAGAGCGUGUACAACAAGGUAAUGAGAUGCUAUGUGGAGAAGAAGUUGAGAGGAGAACGUUCACUGCCACAGAUACUGGGUCUUACGGCAUCACCAGGGACAGGGGGUGCGACGAUCCUGGAUAAGGCUGUUGAGCAUGUCCUGCAGAUUUGUGCCAAUCUGGAUUCGGUCAUAGUUUCAACUAAAAACUAUACCUGUGAGCUGAAGCAGGUGGUUCCCAUGCCCAUGAAAUCAUUUGACAUUGUGGAGAAAAGGCUUGAGGACCCAUUUGGGAAUCAUCUGAAGUGGAUGAUGCAGCUGAUCCAUGAGUUCAUGAACCUUCCUCAAGACUUCAAACUGAGAGAGUGUGGCACACAAGAGUAUGAGGCAGAUGUGGUGACUCUAGAGCAGCGAGGGGUAAAAGAGGACAACAGAAUACUAGCACAAUGUGCACUCCACCUCAGACAGUACAAUGAUGCCCUGCUCAUCAAUGACACCCUGCAAAUGAUGGAUGCUUAUAGCUCCCUAGAGGAUUUUUACUUCACAAAGUCCACCAGAGCUAUUGAUGGAACAGACUUCUUCCUGGUGGGACUUUUCCAAGAGAAUCAGGUGGAGUUGAAGAACCUUGCGAGCGAUUCUCGCUAUGAGAACCCCAAGAUGGCCAAACUUGAGAGUGUUCUGCUAAAACAGUUUGGGCCAGGUGUGCAGUCAAGGGCCAUCCUCUUCACUAAGACCCGUAAAAGCACCCACUGCCUACAUAAGUGGGUCAGAAGCAAUAGAGCCUUGCAAGAAUCUGGUAUCAAGGCAGCUAUCCUGACUGGGGCUGGCAAUGGUAUCACUUACAUGACACAGAACGAGCAAGCGGACACAAUUCGCAAUUUCCGCCAGGGUAUUCUCAACCUCCUGAUCUCCACCAGUGUGGCAGAAGAAGGUCUUGACAUCCCUGAGUGCAACCUGGUGGUACGCUAUGGACUCCUUACAAAUGAGAUUGCUCAGCAGCAGGCCAGCGGACGUGCCCGAGCGCGAGACAGUCAGUAUUCUGUGGUUGCCCAGGCAGGGGGACGGGAGGUGCGCCGAGAGCACAUCAAUGAAUAUCUGGAAGAGCUGACUGCAAAAGCCAUUGCUAAGGUCCAAGAUAUGGGCCCUCGAGAGUUUCGCCACAAGAUUAAGGAACUACAAAUGGAGGCAGUUAAUUGUAGUAAAAUGGCAGAGAGCCUCAAAGCAGAGAAGAGGAGUCGCUACACUGCUUCCAGUAUCCAGCUGUUGUGUCGAAACUGUUUCAAGCCUGUGGCCUCUGGCAGGGACAUUAAACUUGUUGAUAAUGCACACUAUGUCAAUGUCAAUCCUGACUUUAAGAGACACUACAAAGUCGGUGGGAAUGUGGUACUAGACAGGAGCUUUGAGGACUGGGAGCCCGGGUGCGUUAUCAGUUGCAGUAAUGGCAACUGUGACCAGCAAUGGGGAUUUGAGAUAAAAUACAAGAAGACGGCCGUGCUGCCCAAUUUAGCCAUUAAGAAAUUUGCCCUGGAGACCCCUGAUGGAAGGAUCACUGCAAAGAAGUGGAAGGAUAUCCCCUUCACCAUUGAAGACUUCAACUAUAUAGAAUACUGUGAAGCCAACUAUGCUGACAUAUACGAUUGAGACAUCAAGGAGAGAGCUCUGUGCAACCUUUUUUAAAUAUGUUUUUACAUUCCAGUCAAUCGGUGAUAGCUUGCAUGUGCUCAUAUUAAAAACAGACAAACAAACAAACAAAAAAACCAUUGUGCUCUUUAAAGUGCUCCACACUGGCACUUAUGUGUGUUGUUAUGUGUGCUGUUGGGCCAGUGAGGCAGCAAUGUGCUAAAAUCCAUUAUGCAUCGAUCAUGCUUGAAAUUAGCAUGACAGCUUUGUUUAUGCCCAAGGACCGAAAUAAUUUUACACGUCUUUGUGUAUAUUUUGUGUAUAUAUCAGCUUAAGUCAAAUACAGAUACAAAGCAUAAAAUGAACUCUGCUGUAACAUGAAUGUUAACCAUCACGGACACUUGACAUGUCAUCAUGACUCUCUUUCAGGUAUUUUAUAAAUGUUUUUAAUUCUGAUUACAAUGAAUUUUUAAAUAGUGGAUGCAGUAGUAUAUGCUGUUUACUAUGGUUGUGUGUUUGUGGUACGCACUAAUUUUAUACUGAUUAUCUCAUAUUGUAGUUAUCCAAAUGUCUUACAGGAGGUUAUUUUAAACAUUAUUUUAUUAUUGUCUUCCAACAGUGAAAUACCCAUUGUUAGUUUAGUUCAUCUUAUUUUGUAGCUGUAAGUUGAGAUGUAUAAGUAUUCCUCUUAUUAUUAUUUUUGAAUUCUUUUACCUUUUUGAACCACUAGAUGUCAGUGUUGGUUAGCCAAUGACCACACCAAGUCAGAUAUUUCUUCACACCUUCUGUGACCUCUGAAAAAUGCUGCAAACAAAGCCAGAAUGUAAAUGUUCUCUGUUGGUUUCCAAACUGAAAGCAAUAGAUCAAUGAUUCCUGGAGACUCUGAGGUCACAGAAGUGAAUCUGAAAUCCCAGAUGUGCUAAAAAAAAAAAAAAGGAUGUCAAGGAAAGUGAAGGUGUCAUUCUCUAUUCCCACUCACAAAACUUUGCUCAUGUGCUUGCAUAAGGCGCUUUAUCCACAGUGCAAGAUGGUCUCUGAAUGUGUAAACUAUACCAUGAAAAGAUUUGAUUAUGUUGUAAACUGAAUUUUAUACUGUGUAUCUAUGUCUUCAUGUACUGUAUGCUUUGUUGGAGGUAUAUAUAUAUAUAUAU